GCUCCCACACAGACAGCUCUCUGCUUGCACCAUGGAUUCUCUCCACUAUACACUGAAGGCGACCAUUAGCCACAUGUGCCACUGCUCCGCUGUCAGUGCCAGUGCAAUGCAUCCUGGGGAGCCAGACAGUGGUCGAGCGUUAUGGAGGCCAUGGGUGAUGACCCUGGCAGAUCAGGAACAACACAGACAGUCAGACAAAACAGACGCCAAUAACAGAGAUGCUCAAUCCAAAGGCGCGCAUGGAUUCCAACACCCAGUCCGGCUGUACAUGCCCAAAUCCAAAACCAAUGAAUAUUUACAGCACAUGGGGAAGAAGGUCUUGGCCAGUUUUCCGGUCCAGGCCACUAUCCACUUUUACAACGACGACACCGAUUCUGAAGAAGAAGAAGAAGACGAUUAUGAAAUGGAAUUUUACAGGCACUACCAAAACUUCGACCAGGAUCCAGGGAAGAUGGCGGGAAGCACGUUGGAAGAAGACUCCACGCUCCCAUCCAGCCACAUUGGCCACUAUGGAAGUCAAUAAUUACAACGUAAUCUUGAUUUAUU